UUCAGUAUGCCGCCAGAAAACGGCGCCGGUGGCGUGCCGGUACCGACUGCUGGGGAGGAGCGUGCUGCAGUGCGUGCUCUCGUUGACCCAGUUGUGGGUAUCUUGGGUCUGGCAGGUCAGCACAGCGGCAAAACGGUUACGGAGGGUCUUACUCUUGAGGUCACCUCCGCGAAGACUGUACCCUUUGCUAUCCUUCAGUCAGUCUUAAAAUCGGGCUAG